AUGGCAUCACUGCGUGUAGCCCAUCGCCUGCUGCCAGCGCAUCCCCUCCCCGCUCCCUCCGCCAUCUCCUCCCCUCCUCCCACCGCUCCCCCAUCUGCUUCUGCUGCCAGCGCACCGGAUCACCCACCCUCUCCGCCCACAGCACCUGCACACGGCCACGAGGGAUGUCCUGUGGACAGAGUGGGGAAAGGGGAGGAUUCCCACCCCCUUCCCACCGUCCUGCCCCAUCCACAGGAGGACCUCUCCCCGCUGUCCCAGCCCCCAUGCCAUCCCCGGGCCUCCCCGCCGCUACCCGCGCCCUCCACACAUCCCCACCGCACGUCCCCUCCAACGCAGCCAGCCCUCCCUGCGUCACCGCCCUCACCCGUGCUCCAACCGCAUGGUGCAAUCCCCCAUGCAUGUGCGCACGCCCCCCGUGUGCGCGUGGGUGUGUUUGACCCCGUGCUCUCCCCCGCUGAGCUCUCCGCUCUCGCCCUGCUGGGCGUGCACUGCCUGCCCGCCAACGAGGAGGGGCGUCGCACGGUGGGGGUGCCAACGCUCUUUUACAUGCCGCACUGCGAGGCGUUCCUCUACAACAACGUUCUCGAAGCCAAUGCUUCUGCUCUCGGCUUCACCCCCACUCGUCCCAUAUCGCCCAGCGCCUCUCUCCCCCUCACACCGCCACUGCUCGAGGAAGAGCCUGCCCAGCUGCCUCCAUCCUCCACUCCUCCCACUGCUGCAACAGUGGAUCAAGUGCUCGGUGGCAGCAUGAGAGAGUGCGCGCCGCUGGUGAUUCUGGGCAACAGCUUUGCGUCGUAUGAGGAGAGGUGGAGUGUGGGUGCACAGCCAUCCACGCCACGGCCAACCACUCUUCUUCAGGUGACCUCCCACACCUGCCUCGUCUCUCCGUCUGCAUGCCUCAACCCUCACCAGAGCCACUCCACUGCAUGCGCGCAUGCACUCCCACGCCACUGCCACCUCAUCCCUUCUCCUCAUUCUGAUUGCCCCCCUCAUGCCCGCCUCUCUCCUUCUUCUGCGUCCAUGCCCUGUGCUUCACUGCGCCACCUCCACUCAUUCACACCAUGUUCUGCACAACAAUGCCCUCCUGCACCUCUCUUCCACGUGUGGCCCCAAUGCGUCUCCAUUGCCUCACUGCACAGUCCCUCACUCUCCACCUUUUACUCCUCACUAUCCCAUGCAUGCCUGUCCCAUGCGGUGUGGCAGGCGGUGCAGCGGGGAGUGGUGGAGGAGGUGCCUGUGGAUGCCGCUGCUUUCCCCCUCAUCUCCGCCUUCAAUGACACCAGGCAUCGCAUGCAGCGCGACGAGUCCUCUGCCAGCGACGCCCUUAAUGCAUCGCAAGCCGUGCCUUGGGAAUCAGCAGCAGGCGACGCCAGAGACGCGGGUGCAGCAUCGGCGUCGGCUGGUAGCCCUCUGGGUGCUUCCGGGCUUUCCAUAAGACCGCUUUCUUUAGUACGCGGCGCGGAUGCAGCAGGCGGUACAUUCGCGCUGGCCGACCUCCCGGACUCGCUGCUCUGCAACGUGCUGCGCCACUUAAGGCCCCUCGACGUGCUGCGGGUCGCGCUCGUCUCCCGCGCAUUUCGCGAUGCCGCUACGGCCGAAUCCGUGUGGGACGACAGGCUGCCCGAAAGCCUGUCUCAGCUCGUACCGCAGCCAAACCCUUGCCGCCUCUCCUCCCGCCUCGCCUUCAGGGCGGUGUGCGAGGGCGUGCACGUGGACGAGGGGCGGCAGCGCCUGGCGCUGCACGCGGGCACGGGCGCCAUGAGCCUGUGCGUGUCCGUGGCGCUGGCAGCGCGCUCCAUGCAGGUGGACAUCCGGCGCGGCGGCAUGGUGCGCGACUGGCAGCGCGUCAGCGACGAGCCGCGCGCCCAUUUCCACACGUCCGUGCUGCUGCGCCCUGUGGGGGGCUACCGCGUCGCUUCCACUCCCGAUGGCAUCGCUUUGCCACGCCAGCUGCCUGCAGGGCGGUACUCCGUGGGGUGGCGAGUGAGGGCGCAGCACGUGGCGCCAGAUCUGAUGUUCCACGCCGACCCCACCUUCUCCUUUGACAACAGCUCUGCCAUCUGGCGCCGCCACUGCCAACCGCUGACUGCCACGUGGCAGAUCCUCAGUGUGGGAGACGUUCUGCUGCCAUCAGCUGCUGAGCAACCGGGCAGUGACAGUCCCCAAGCGAUGAUGACAGUGGAGCUGCUGCAGCUGCAAGGGAAGGGAUCGCAGCCACCUGUCGUGAUCGACUGCAUUGUCUUGCAGCAGCGCACGGGGUGA